GCAAAUCAAGAUGCAUCAAUUACAUGGCGUCAAAAAGACCUCCAAAUCUGUACGCAACCAAUUCAUCAUUCACCCCCAUGGAUUUUAGGGCUUUUUUCAACUCUCAAUCUCAUCAAACACUCAUCUACUUCCCCCCUACAUCUCCGCCUUUAUCAACAUUUUCCCUUUCCAUCGCUGCUAAAAGGAUCAAGUUAGGUGCAAUCGGAAGCAAAAGUGAAAAUUAGGUUUCACUUUUAGUUUAUUAGGGUUUGAUGAGGAAGAAGAGAAAAGGGGGUAGUGACUUAUUAGUUACCGACAAUGAUAUGGAGAUUGUGGGAUCGACUGGCGAUUCGGAGUCAUUGAUAUCGUAUCUCAAGUGUCAUUACUCGUUAGAAGAUUACGUUAGGUUGAAAAAAAGGUGUUGUAAGGAAGACGUAGUUUGUGGUGGUGACGAUGUUGUUGACGGAUCAUGUAAGAACAGACUUGCCGGUAUUGCCGCCACAGCUCCGCCCUGUGCGACGUCGUCGUCGCUUUUAUCCGGGAGAGGGAUUAAGAGGAAGAUCGGGUGCAUCGACGUAGCGACGCAAACGGGAAGGAAAAAUAAGAUAUCGGAGGAUUACGAAAAGGGUGAUACGAUUGGUAAGGGUAAGUUCGGGUCCGUUUGGUUGUGUCGGUGCAGGGUUACUGGCGUCGAGUUUGCGUGUAAAACGUUGGUGAAAGGGGAGGAGACGGUGCAUAGGGAGGUUGAGAUAAUGCAGCAUUUAUCGGGGCAUCCGGGGGUGGUGACGUUGAACGUGGUGUACGAGGAUGCAGAAUGUUUUCAUUUGGUGAUGGAGUUGUGUUCGGGCGGAAGGUUGAUUGAUCAGAUGAUGGAAGAAGGUCGGUAUUCUGAACAACGAGCUGCUAAUAUAUUUAAGGAGUUGAUGAUGGUUGUUAAAUAUUGUCAUGACAUGGGUGUCGUCCAUCGGGAUUUGAAGCCGGAGAAUAUUCUUUUAACAACGUCCGGGAAAAUUAAGCUUGCGGAUUUUGGCUUGGCUGUGAGGAUCACAAAUGGUCAGAGCUUAGCUGGACUGGCGGGAAGCCCGGCUUAUGUAGCCCCAGAAGUGUUAACGGGAAACUACUCGGAGAAAGUGGAUGUUUGGAGUGCUGGUAUUCUUUUACAUGUUCUUUUGGUUGGUGUUUUGCCAUUUCAAGGAGCCACAUUGGAGGAUGUUUUUGAGGCGAUUAAGACUGUGGAACUCAAUUUUCACACUGGAGUAUGGGAAUCCGUGUCCAAACCUGCUCGUGAUUUGCUUGAACGCAUUCUUACAAGGAAUGUCGAUUCUAGAGUAACAGCUGAUGAAGUAUUAAGCCAUCCAUGGAUUAUAUUCUACACAGAACGCACCAUAAGGUCUCUAUCAUUCAAGUCAAAGUUAAAACAUCAAGCCGGACAAUCUUCACAGACGUCUGUAGCUGAGUUGACUCAUCAGUUGACCGUCAAUGGCGGUUCAUUAACUAAAUACUCACUUCCAUUAUCAACAUCAACAAGUUUAAGCCAUGAUAAUUCAGAAGAGCUGGAUGAUUCAGGUUUAGUUGAUGCACUUGCUGUUGCAAUAUCUAAUGUGAGGAUUUCGGAACCAAAAAGGAGCAGGUUAUGUGUACCUAGCAGUCCCAUUCGAGAGCAGUGUUCCUCAACUACUAACCUUUGCAGAGCAUGUUGACCAUCAACUUUGACUUUCACCUAAAAUUCCUAGUAGAAGCCUAACAAAAAAGUCGAUAAAUUGGUAUAUAGUGAAUGUAAAUAUAACGUGUCUUUUUAGCCUUUAUAAAUCGUCAAACUGUAGCAGGAGCUAUGAAUAAAAUGUUCAUGUGUUAUAAUGGUCA